AUGGCCUCUAAAGAAGCCUUACUCAACCUAGGUCUUUUGGCCAUGCUCGCUUUCAUCUCUUCAAUGAUGGUGGUAGCUAGAGACUUGGUGGAAGCUUCCGCAAUGUCUAGAACGGGUGAAGUAGCUAAAGAGCAAAAUUACGUGAGUGAAGUGAAAAAUGAAAAAUUUACAGGCCACGAACAUGUUGAUGGGGUGUGUUCCACACUAAAUUGCUUCGGUUUCCCUGGUUUCGGUUGGCCUGGGGGUGGUGGCAUGCCUGGUUGGGGAUAUGGGGGCGGGCCUGGAGGUGGCUACGGAGGUGGACCUGGUGGCGGCUAUGGGGGUGGACCUGGUGGUGGCUAUGGGGGUGGGGGGCCUGGUGGGCCAGGAGGUGGGGGACCGGGAGGACCUGGUGGCCCACGAGGAGGAGGGCCUGGAGGGCCAGGAGGUGGAGGGCCCGGUAGGCCAGGAGGUGGAGAGCCUGGUGGGCCAGGAGGAGGUGGACCUGGAGAGGGUGGUCCUGGUGGUGGAGGAGGGCCUGGAGGUGGUUACGGGGGUGGGCCUGGCGGUAGUGGACCUGGAGGGCCAGGAGGUGGCGGACCCGGUGGCGGAGGUGGUUAUGGGGGUGGGCCAGGAGGAGGUGGUGGUCCUGGUGGGCCAGGAGGUGGUUAUGGAGGAGGUGGAGGGCCUGGAGGUGGUGGACCUGGCGGGCCAGGAGGAGGUGGUCCUGGUGGGCCAGGAGGGGGAGGUCCUGGUGGGCCAGGAGGUGGAGGGCCUGGUGGACCUGGCGGUGGUUAUGGAGGAGGUGGUGGUGGACCUGGCGGGCCAGGAGGAGGUGGUCCUGGUGGGCCUGGUGGGGGUGGUGGAUAUGGUGGCGGGGGGCCUGGAGGGGGUGGUGGAUAUGGGGGAGGAGGGCCUGGUGUUACAAGCUACUCUAGUGGCCACAACCACAACUAG